AUGAAUGAUGUAUCGCCGACCAGAGACAGUUCGACCUACAGCGUCCACAUAGGGGCGUGGACGAAUUGGUCCCACGGACCAAUCCUUGGAGCGACGCUGACGCUAGAUCGUCAGAGCGGAGGUCUUCUCAUCGCGGCCUUGGCCUUGUUCAUCGUCUGGGUCGGGACCAGCUUUUGGAGAAUAUGCUGCUUCACCUUCCACCAGGUCUACUCGAGCGAUACCGCCAAGGAUGGCCUUUACCAUCAGCGACAGGCAAUUCUUCGCAAUUCAGGGAGCGCCUGUCGUGGACUCACCAACCUACUCCAGGCGGGAUGGGCAUGGCGUCGGAACCCCAAACUGUCCGUCCGCCACACGUUGCCUAUGAUCAUCUGCGCUGCGCUUUGCGCAUGUGCUUUCGUCUUUGCCAGCAUUUUCUCCUCGAUGAUAGCGACUUCGUUUGGGGAUGAAGUGCUGAUCUCGAGCCCGGAUUGUGGGUACACAAAUGCCCAGUUGGAUAACCCGAACACGUUGGCCUCGCAAACAUUCGAGCCGUACUUGCGACAGAAUGCGCUCUCAUACGCCCAAUAUGCGCAGCAGUGUUACAACACGAAUGCCUCUACAGUGGUCGACUGCUCGCAAUUUGUCAGGAAAAAUUUGCUCGGCACGUCUAAAACGGAUGCAACCUGCGCGUUUGGCGGUCAGAUUUGCCAAGAUGACUCGUCGAAUCUGGACCUUGAUACCGGCCUUCUUGAUAGCAACGAGGAUUUUGGACUUAAUGCGCCGCCUGAGGAGACAUUCCAAUAUCGCCGAAGAAUUCAAUGCGCACCUCUGAAGACGGAAGGAUACCAGAAACAAGUCAGAAUGCUGAGUAACAGAAAAUACAUGAGGUACUACUAUGGCAAGAGGACGUCAGGACCUGCUCGGGACGACAACUACACUUACGAGUACUAUAAUGAUGCUCUGAAGGUUCUGCUCGAGACAAACAUGACAAGUGAUCAUCCGGACUAUAGUCUGAGCGGCUUCUACUCCUUCUCAGUCAACAGCUCCAUUUCCACAUCGGCAUCCAACUUCGAGCCCAUCCCCCCUCUCAACAUCCCCAACGCCGACGUCUCCCUCUUCUUCCUGUCGGGCAACCAAGUCAUCUACACGGCGCCCACGAACGACAGCUGGUACCGCGGCAACCGGCUGGUGUCGGAAGCAGCGGCCAUCCUGCCGCCCAACCCGGGCGUGCAGGGCCCGUACUUCUCGAGCGAAGCGGCGUCGCCCCUCGCCUGCGCGGUGCAGGAGCAGUACUGCAGCGCCAGCCUCCCCAGUACCGCCGACCAGCGCUGCUCGCCCCUCGCGUCGUCGGCCGACGCGCUCGCCAACAUCACGGCCAUGCUGCAGGAUGAUGAGGUGGCGCUGCAGCGGUUCAAGUGGCUGGCGGCGGCCACGACGGGCCGCGCGCUCGACCUGCCGACGGCCGUGGGGAGGCUGGGCGUGCAGCUGCUGACGGCGCGGGAUCGCCUGCAGGGGGGUGUGCAGGGCGGGUUGCUGCCGGACGAUCAGUGGCAGAAGGACGUGAUGCACUGGCACGCGACGACGAUGGCGCAGCUGCAGGGCCUGUUCGUCGAGACGGCGACGGGCCCGCCGGGGGACGGCGUCCUCUUGCCGUGGCUGAAAAUCCUCAGCCCAGCCCACACCUCCUUCGCCCUCUUCCCCCUCAUCCUCAUCCUCGCCCUGGGCGCCCUCAUCAUCCUGACGUCCUGGAUCCUGCCACCGCUCCUCAUCUUCAUCGCCCGCCGCCGCCUGCUGAGCACCACCUACCACCCCCACCACCGUCCCUCCACCUCCUCCUCUUCCUCUUCUUCUAACUCAUCCUCCUCCUCUUCCCCCGAAUCCCCACCCCCAACCGACACCACCAUCACCCCCAUCACCACCACCACCGUCAUCGCCGCCACCGCCCCUCCCGCACCCUUCUUCGUCGACCCCACCACCUACGCCCGCUACGAAUGGCUCGCCACAUCCACCCCGCAACUCGUCCGCCUCGCCCACGAGGGCGUGCACGGCGUCGGCGUGCCGUGGACGCGGGCUGGGCGGAGUGUGCCUGUCACGGUGCGCAAGGCGACGCCCGUCCCGACGCCGGCGCCGACUGUGCCUACGACGCCUACGAUUGCGAGUGCUGCUGCUGCUGCUGCUGCUGCUGCUGCUGCUGCUAACAGCGGUGGUGGUGCCGGUGUAAGUGGUGGUAUGAGUGGUGGUGAAAAGGCGGCGGCGACGGCGGGGGCGGCUGCUGCUACGUCUACGUCUAGCACUAGUGGUGGCCUCGCCGUCUUCGACCUCUCUGACCCUAAGCAUCCGCGCCUCGCGCCGCCGCCGCCGCCGAGGCCGAAGGUGAAGGCUAAGCCGAAGGAGAAGGUGAAGGUGAAGCCGCUGCCGAAGAAGCCGCCGAUGCUGGAGGUGCCGUUGGCAUCGGGGGCGGUUGGUGGUGGAGGUGGUCUGGGUGGAGCGGCAGCGGGAGCGGAGGGCGCGGCAGGAAGCAGCGGCGGCGCAGGUGCUAGCGCCGGCGACGUAGAGAUGCGGAUACGCCCGCUCUCGUCAUCUCAGCAGCCGAAGUUGCUACCACAAAUCCGGCUGCGCGAAGUCAGCGGCUCCGAGUCGUCGGAGAACACGGCCGUCGGGGAGGGCGAUGCGCUUGGUCCUGGUCUCGGCCUCGGCGUCAACCUUGGGAGUAGCAGCAGCGGUGCGGAUGUUGGUGGUGGUGGUGGUGGUGGCGGGGAUAUUGUCGUUGCCGCUAGUAGUAGCAGUACCACUGCUGCUGCCGCCGCUGCUGCCGCCGCUCUUGCCGCUGCUGUCGCUGGUACUAGUACUAUUGGUGGUCAGGACAGGGAAAAAAGGGAGAAAGAGAGGCAGGAGAGGGCAGAGGAGCGGCGGAGGGAACGCGAGAGGGAGGACGAGCUGCUGCGCGAGCCGCUGUUGCCGGAUUACGAGAAUUGGCCGCUGCCGCCGAGCGGGUCGCUGACGCCGACGCUGCCCGGCGGGGGCGGCGAGGGGGAAGGGGGGAGAAAGGAGGGGGGUAGUGCGGUUGAAGGUUCAGCGGCGGCGGGGGCGGGGGCGUCGGUGCCGCGGUCGGGUAGCAGCGAUGCUUUGCAGGUGAAGAAGAAGCGGUUAAGUCCGGCUUUUUUGUAG